AUGCUCUUCAGUCUCGCUUCUAUCCUCUCCUUCCUCGCCCUCUCUUCCCUUGCCUCCCCGGUAGCGAAGCCUCGAUCCCAAAUUGCCAAGCGCAGUUCCAACCUGCGUAUCAAAGCUUACGCCGACGGACAAUGUCUGACGGGUGCAGGCGGCAAGUGGGGCAUCGGCACUGAGCUUACCUACGGGGACUGUGACUCUGCUCCUACCUGGACUGUCAACAGCACCGCUGGAAGUAUUGGCAGUAUCAUCAUGGAGCCUGCCAACAUUACUCCUCAGUUGGCUUUGGAUGCCGGUGACGGCACGACCAACAACGAGAAACUUACGCUUCAAAAGUCUUCUCCUGGUCUCUUCCAACAAACCUGGCUCUACACGGAAGACAACCGCAUCGCCCUUACCGGGGGUGACAAUGUCUCUUCUGUCACCGAAGAGUAUCAGUGCGUUGACCACGGUGACGACGGCCCUCAGACUUAUCAGUGUUUCACCGGGAACACUAACCAGAGUGAGUAA